UGACUUGACUAUCAAACUCAAGCUCGACUCGGACCUCUCAACGAGAUGGCUGCGUUCUUGCGAGCUCGUAAAUAUGUUCGUUGCGUGGUCCGUUUCUCCGACCGUGACUUGUAAAUGCAACGCCGAACGUUUGUGAAGAGACACGCGCACACAAAAAGCGACUUUCUUGGCCAAGUUGUCAUGGCUGAAGAAAAUGUGGACAUUGGUGGUACGCUCGAGGAGGAAGAUGAUCGUUCUGAUGAACCAAAUCUUGAGCUGCAGCUUAAUGCUUUCCGAUCUAAGUGGAUGUCAGAACUCAAACCGAGCUGCGACACAAGGCUGCUGCGAGCCAUGGGUCAGAGGAGGACACAAGAAAUUGCUCGGCAGGAAAAGGCUGUAGAGCUGUACUUGAGAGCUGUUCAGGAAGAGCAGAAUGGAGCAUUCUAUGAAGCUAUCAAGUUCUAUCGCAUGGCUAUGCAGCUUGUGCCUGAUAUCGAAUCAAAAAUCAACUACAGCCACCCUGAUGCUGCUCAAGCUGAGGGAAACUACAGGGAGGAAAAGGAUGCUGACGGCGAGAUUGAGGAUCUGGUUGCCUACUUUGAGCAGCAGCUCACUCUCGGAACUUCCUUUACCAAGAUUUGCUCCCCUGAGUUGGAAAAGUCUCAGGUGCAUAUAUCAGCCUUGCCACGGGAGAUCCUCAUGUACAUUUUCCGUUGGGUCGUGUCGAAAGACCUGGACAUGCGAGCCCUGGAGCAGCUUUCGUUGGUUUCCCGCGGCUUUUACAUUUGUGCAAGGGACACUGAGAUUUGGCGUUCAGCCUGUCAAAGAGUGUGGGGACGCAACAGCACCAAGCUCGGACACUUCCUGUCCUGGAGAGAGAUGUUCCUGCAGAGGCCCCGUGUCCGUUUCGAUGGCGUCUACAUCAGCAGGACGUCGUACAUUCGUCAAGGAGAGCAAUCUCUGGAUGGCUUCUACCGGCCUUGGCACCAUGUCGACUUCUACAGGUACCUGCGCUUCUUCCCUGAUGGCAGCGUGCUCAUGCUCACCACACCUGAGGAGCCUCUCGCUAUUGCCCCUCGCUUACGCACUCAAAACGUCAGAUUGGAUGCUGUCAAGUUCGGCCACUUCCGUCUGUCCCAGGAGACCGACAAUCAAACCAAAGUUUAUGCUGUUGUCCGCAAGAGAAAGGAGGAGAAAUCGUCAGAGAUGCAAAAGAGUCGGUUCUGCAGGCGGAACCCUGCCCCUGAGGCUGAGCAAACCUUCCACGUGGGACUCCUUCUGUCCUCUGGGGGGCGUCAGAGUUUCAAUAAGCUGGCAUGGAUACACCACUCCUGCCACAUCACUUACAAGCUGACUGGGGAAACUGUUAUCAGCGCAUUUGACCUGAACAAGAUGUACACGCCCUUCAUAUUCGGACGUGUCAAGAGUUACACGGCAUUCUCAAAUCAGCCCCUCUAAGACACCCGCAUGAUCGUCUACGGAGAGCACCGGUUCAUCCAUCACUUUAACAAGCAACAUCAAAACUAAACGCACAAGCAAAUUUUAAAAACUAAAGCUAAUCUUCUGAUUUUCAGAAAUGUUGCUAAGAGGUUGAGCACCAAGAAAUUAGCAGCCCCGUCCAUUAACAUGUUCCCGGCAAUGAAUGUUCAUACUGGUUUUGCCUCAUGGUGCACUUUCACCUUCAAAUAAACAGUGAUAAAUGAUUACAA